CGAAUUUUUGAUCCGUUUUUUGAGACUUUGGACACAUUUGGAUGCUUUUAGAAAUCUACAGAACCUUUUUGAGGGGUUCUGCAAACCUCCUUUUUUUUCCAGAGUAUCGAUGGAGUCAUCACGAUUUUCUCAAAAAGCUUGUGUGGGGAUUUUUGAGAGUAAAAUUUCUCAUUUUAGAAGACGGUUUUGCUCUUUGUUUUCUGUGUAGUUAUCGUAAAAUCUUUACUUAAACGUAUAUUUUGUGUCUCACGAAAAUCAUUAGUCCAUAUCAACAUUUGUUGUUUUCAAUCUUUUUCUAGUACAGCAUUUUACUGAAAUACUAAUGUUUUAAUUGUCUUUCGCUUUCUAUCCUUGAGAUCUGUCUGUCUUUGUAAUUUGAUUUUCACUUGCGUUAUGUUUUGUUGAGCUUGACCAUAAGAUGACUUUAGAUAUUAUUAUUCUAGAUAACAGACAAGUUGAAGAAACUGAACGUUUCACAAAGCAAUGUCAAGAAUGAUCCUAGUAAAUGCACUUGCACGAAGUACAUUUUCUAAGGACAUUCGAAAAUGUUAGAAAUGAUUUUCUCUUGAAAAAUGCUUUGCCAUACUGGACAAACACCGCUAUUAGCUUUCGUUGCGAUGAAUAAGAGAUUAAAAGAAAACGUCGUUGACAACUGUCAUAUAUGUUUGUACUAAAGAAUGCAAACAACAGGUAAUUUAUUCGGCUUAUCAGUGCUAACAGUAUAAUUUGUGCAAUUUUAAAAUCAAAACCAUGUGUCUAUUUGCAUUAUCACGCAGCAAGAAACAUUCUCGCCAAGACUACAAAAAAUAAAGAAUAAAUGCUGUGCUUCCCACUGUAUUAAGAGACGAUUUGCGAUAGGACCGAGGAUAUGUGGCACUGAUCAAAAUUUAAAUUUUGACCAGAGCUUCAUACUAGGGUGAUCCUCGGUCCUCUCGUGAACUCUCUCUUAAAAAUGUGGUCAAAAGUACAUUAUUAAAUAGUAAAAUUCAAUGAAAUUCAUUGAUUUAGAACCAAUUAAGUAAUAGUAAUGAACGUUUUUUAUUGUAUUGUGAUAUAAAAGAUCCUUUUGCUACUAUAAAGUGUACUGAAAGUAGCUUAAGAAUGCAGUGUUUUGUUUUCAUAAAAGUUAUAAAAUAGCGAAAAAUAGUAUGUAUUUUCACUUUUACUCUCACUUUAAUCGAAUAGAAUCGUCAAGAAUAACAAAGAGUCACUUAUUCUUUACAUGAGUGACAAUAAGUGUGAUGGUUUGUCUUAUGGCUUUCUACGAUGAUGAGGCUAUGGGACUCGCGCACAAAUAGACCGUCCACUAUAUGUCUGAGGUAUAACAUAAUGAACAGCUAUAUAUUGAGAAUGGUAUUGUGCUCAUAUAGAUUAUUCGUCACAAUCUGUUUCACCUGUAACAACAUGUGAGGAGCUACGGGAAUUUAUUGCUUUUGAAAUGUAUUUUUCUACAGAACUUAUUCGGAUUGAUAAACUAGGUAAUAUUUUUGUGCACCCACACUGUAGAGAUGCAUGCACGAAAAGAGAAAUGAUUUGAGAUUUAUGCCGAAAGGCAUAGGGACUCAUUGUAAAAUCUAAAUAAAUCUCACAAAAAUAAGUCCUAGUAGCUGCUGCAAAUAACAGAAAAAAUUAUUCUUUGUUUCGAACUUUUGUUAAUGCCACUAGCCUCACUCCUAAAUCGAAAAGAUCUAAUCUUAAACAUUUUUGAACAUAUGAGAUGUUAUUAGAAAGUCAAAAAUUUUAACAUUGCUUCUCUUCUUCAUCGACAAUAUUUAUCUUGCAAUAAUUAAUAGGUCUUUGCAGUGUGUUAAAUGAAAACUUAAAGUAAAAACAAAAUCUCAGAAGUUCCUGCAAGAAAAUCAUGUCUUUGUUACAAAGAAAGAAUAUGCACAGGACAUGAAAUAAUUACAAACUGCUUGAGUUCUAUGAUUUUCAUUUCAUGAGUCAAGGUUGAGCCUUUUUUCGCUUUGUUCACAUCGAAUCUUGAAUUUAUGCGACUGAACGAGUCACUUUCGAAUAUUCUCUAGUGCAUGAGAGCAAGCAAAAAGAUGAAUGUAAAAAAUUUCAUACCAAGUAUUGUAUGGUGUUUCAUUCGGACUUACUUUUUUGAUCUUGAACGAUUAACUAAGCCAUGUAUAAUUCUAUUUUCAACUUCUUUUCGUGUCAAAUAAAAGUAUUUCAUCUUUCAUAGACUUCAUAUUAUCUUCAAGAAACAAACUUUUCAAGCUAUUUUCUUGUUCAAUUAUAUCGAGUCAACGAAUUCGAUUAUAAGAAAAAGUAAUCAAUAAUUAGUUCGACAAGGACUAUUACCUUCUCAUUGUUAAGGAUAUAAUUUCAUAUGACUAUAUUUUCAUAUUAAGAUCACAUUCAAUUGUUCGUAUUUAGUUUUCAACAUCAAUAGAUUUAUAUAAAAUUUUAUCCUUGCUAAUUUGACUAACAUUAAAAAAUAUUCCACGAACGCAUUUUGUUUCAAUCAAACUUGGUUCUUCAGCUGUUUAAAAUAUUGACAUAGCAAUAUUCGGGGAACUAAGUGUACAAAAAAAUUGAUCAGAGCUAAUAAAGGUUUUAUUAGAUUGACAAUAACAUAAUGUCGAAUAAAGUUCUAUUCAAUUGAAUUGAAAAUCUGUUCUGUACAUAUCGAUCUUUACUUUUAAAGCGUGUUUUUCUUUUCCAUCUUCUUAUGUUUUGCAACUCUUUUUUCCAGUCAUAUAUUGAAGAAAAAUAAGGUCUUUUCAAGAAAAAUAUUGAUGAGAAUAUCACUUUGAGAUCUGCAUAAAAAACCCAUCAACACUCUUCGCACGAAUGUACACUGCAUGAAUAAUUGAAUUAUCUCGAUUAUGUUUGACCUAGAAUCAGUUGUUUUAACAAAUAAACCUGACACUGUUUCGAUUUUAAUAUUCCUGCGGCACCAAAAAUAAAGACUAUGAGUGAUGACUUUCUCUACAUCAACACCCACACACCCAAGAGCUUUCAAGGCUCUUAUAGUACAAAUCAGUUUAAGACUUCUAAGACUACGAUUUUUUGUACGAUCUUAUCUAGUGUUACUAGAUCUUAACGUCUCGUUUUUUAACCUGGGAAGUUUUCUAACUGCAUGUAUGUUUAGUUAUUUUAUGGGCAAACUAUGUAACUCAAAAGCAAAAAAAAGAACUCGCCACUUCUUUGUCUCUAUUAUUCUCACAAUAUUGUCAAGGACAUAUGCAAGAAUAAUAAGAGCAAAGUACAAAGAACGAAAUCGUUAUUCAUAGAUAUCUUAUCAUUUGUAGAAUUUGCAGUAUGAUGAUGAGCAUGAAAGUGUUCUCUUUAUAUAUAUUAUCAUCAGACAAAAAAAAACAUUACAGCCGUUUUGUGUCUUUUGCAUGCUCUCCUGUUCGGUUGAAAUUGAAUUUUUUGCUUUAUUGAGAAUCUAUUAAUUAUUUAAAAUUAUAUUUCAGGUUAAAUUGAGUUGACAAUAUAUGGAGGGUGGAUCUAUCAAGUAUGCACCAUCGUCUAAUUAAAACAUAACUACUAGUUCUAUUUAUUUGUAGUACAACACCUUUAUUAGGGGAUCAGUCACGAGGAAGAUCCCACCGAUGGUUUGCUCUUGUGAUUGUUCUUCUUCUCGGUACCACAAUACUUUUUGCUAUUUUGUUCGCUGUUGAAAAACACAAAGCAACAACAACAACAACAACAUCAGCAGCAACAACAAUAACAACAACACCAGCAGCAACAACAACAACAACACCAAUCGCUGAUUAUCUAUUGGAUUCUAUCGAUGAAACAGUCGACCCUUGUGAAGAUUUUUAUCAUUUUGCUUGUGGAACAUGGCUGAAAAAUGCACGCAUUCCAGAAGAUACUGGCGUCCAAAAUAUUUUUAAUCUUUUGGAUACACAGUUGGAUUUAAACAUCAUCGAUCUUUUAUCCUCAACAUCAUCUAAUGAAACUAUGGAACCAGAAGCCAUUAUUAAUGCUCGUAAUUUAUAUGAAUCGUGUAUAAAUGAAACAGCUAUCGAAAACGAUGGUGUUGAAGCUAUUCUUUCCAUUAUUAAUGAUGAAUUUGGCGGAUGGCCUAUUUUGCAAGCUUCUUCGUGGAAUGCUACCACUUUUAAUUUAUCAGAUCUUUUACUCAAAUUGCGCAAAUAUGAUAAUGAAAUCAUCUACAGAAUUGAUACAGCAACAAAUCAAGAAAAUUCAUCAGUCUAUGAUAUUGAACUUGGACAAGGUAGUCUCGGUUUACAAGAAACAGAAUAUUACGAUAAUGAAACGGAUAUUACUGCAGCUUAUCGCCAGUUUAUGAAUGAUUUAGCUUCGGCAUUAACCAAUGAAACAGCAGCAAUUUCAACUGAUGUUAUUGCAAUGUACUUAUUGGAAAAGAAUAUUUCUCAAUAUCAUUGGACUGAAUCAGAACAACGUCUUCGAGAUAAUGAAACUAUUCGAACGACAAUUGGCAAUCUUUCCUAUUCACUGAAAUCUAAUUUUGAUUUUACCAAUUAUCUUCAUCAAUCAUAUCUCAUUGGCAAUGUAACUUUACUCGAUGCAGACGUCAUAUCUGUUAGUGAAGUUGCUUAUUUAGUAAAUGUUUCCUCAAUUCUUCAAGAAACUCCACCACGUGUAGUACAAAAUUAUUUAAUUUGGCGUUUUAUGAUGAAUCGAGCAAGCAGUAUGACAAGACGAAUUCGAAGUACUCGUGAACAAUUUGAUCGAGUCUUUAAAGGCACUACUGCAGAACCAUCACGUGCAACAACUUGUGCAAAUUAUGUUAAUGAUAAUAUGGGUUUUGCUGUUUCAAGAAUGUAUGUAAAAAAAUAUUUUGAUGAUAAUGCUCGUAAUCAAUCAAAAGAGAUUAUUAAAAAUAUUCGCAAUUCAAUGAUAACAAUGCUUCAACAAGCAACAUGGAUGGAUGAUGAUUCAAAAGCAAAAGCUGUUGAUAAAGAAAAAGCUAUCUAUGAGAAUAUUGGCUAUCCUGAUUAUAUAGUUAGCGAUAAUACAACACAAUUGGAACAUAUGUAUGCUGAAUAUGUCUUUAAUACAUCAUACAUCAGAAAUGUUCUUCAAAUGCAACAAAUUAAAACUCGAGAAGAUUUUCGAACACUUCGUGAAGUUGUUGAUCAUCGUGCUUGGGGUGAUCUUCCUCCAACCGUAGUCAAUGCUUUCUAUGAACCAUCAACAAAUGCUAUCUCUUUUCCAGCUGGUAUUCUUCAAAUGCCAUAUUUUAACAAAGAUGCACCUAAAUAUCUUAAUUAUGGUGGUAUUGGUAUGGUUAUCGGACAUGAGAUCACUCAUGGGUUUGAUGAUGAUGGCCGUCGAUAUGAUAAAGAUGGAAAUCGAAUUCCUUGGUGGACAAAUAGUACAAUAAGUCAAUUCAAUGAACGUAAACAAUGUAUUAUCGAUCAAUAUAGCAAUUAUACAUUGAAUGGUGACCAAACACAAGGAGAAAAUAUUGCUGAUAAUGGUGGAAUUAAAAGUUCGUUUUUUGCUUAUCAAAAUUGGGUACACGACAAUCCAAAUGUUGAUAGAAGAUUACCAAGUUUAAGCAAAUAUUCUCAAGAGCAAAUGUUCUUUAUUGGAUAUGCUCAUGGAUGGUGUGCAAAAUUUACUGAUCAAUAUGCUUUAAAUAGAGUUUUAACAGAUGUUCAUUCGCUUGCACAAUUUAGAGUUCUUGGUCCAACGUCAAAUUUUGUGGAAUUCGAUCGGGUGUUUAACUGCACACCGGGACAAGGCAAUAGUCGUGUUAAAAAGUGUGCUGUUUGGUAG